CCUUUACAGGUGGGUGGCCACUGAUAAGUGGAAUGGACUCGUUGAAGCAGUUCUCGCGAGAUGUAGAGAGGCUGUAGCCGGUCCAGAGGGGCGGAGGCCCAGAGGUGGACCACGUGGGGGCUGGUGGAGCUGAAUCUCCGGCGGGCGUCCAGUUUAGGUCUAAGUUGGAGUUGGAACCGUGGAGAUGCGGAAGGAGACCCCUCCCUCCCUAGUGCCCCCGGCGGCCCGGGAGUGGAACCUUCCCCCUAAUGCGCCCGCGUGUAUGGAGCGUCAGUUGGAGGCUGCGCGGUACCGGUCAGAUGGGGCGCUUCUGCUCGGGGCUUCCAGCCUGAGUGGCCGCUGUUGGGCUGGCUCCCUCUGGCUUUUCAAGGACCCUUGCGCCGCCCCCAACGAAGGCUUCUGCUCCGCUGGAGUCCAAACGGAGGCCGGAGUGGCUGACCUCACUUGGGUAGGGGACAGAGGUAUCCUGGUGGCUUCUGAUUCAGGUGCUGUUGAAUUGUGGGAGCUGGAUGAGAAUGAGACACUCAUUGUCAGCAAGUUCUGCAAGUAUGAGCACGAUGACAUCGUGUCUUCAGUCAGUGUCCUGAGCUCUGGCACACAAGCUGUCAGUGGUAGCAAAGACUUCUGCAUCAAGGUUUGGGACCUUGCUCAGCAGAUGGUUCUGAAUUCAUACCGAGCUCACUCUGGGCAGGUCACCUGUGUUGCUGCCUCUCCCCACAAAGACUCCGUGUUUCUGUCCUGCAGUGAGGACAAUAGAAUUUUACUUUGGGAUACUCGCUGUCCCAAGCCAGCGUCACAGAUAGGCUACAGGGCCUCUGGCUACCUGCCUACCUCGCUGGCUUGGCAUCCUCAGCGGAGUGAAGUCUUUGUCUUUGGCGAUGAGAAUGGGACCGUCUCCCUUGUGGACACCAAGAGUGCAAGCUGUGCCCUCAGCGCAACUGUGCACUCCCAGAGUGUCACCGGGCUGGUGUUCUCUCCACACAGCACUCCCUUCCUGGCUUCUGUGAGUGAAGACUGCUCCCUCGCCGUGCUGGACUCGGGCCUCUCCGAGGUGUUUAGAAGCCGAGCCCACAGAGACUUUGUGAGAGAUGCUACCUGGUCCCCGCUCAAUCACUCCCUUCUUACGACAAGCCUGGACUUAAGAGUGCUGCCGAGUAGAUUGGAUUUAAGACAAGCAAAUCCCCCAUGAGUAUCUGCUCCCUCUGCCCCUGCCCACUCAGUUUGUGAGACAACACAGGAGCCUUAUAUAGUGUGUUGACACACCAGAUCUGUUAAUAGGCAUUGUCUCUCAGCCUGGGGGAGGCUGGAUCUGGGGUCCUGUAGUCACAGAGAAGAAAAACUUCCUUGAAGAUGGACGUGUGUGUGUGUGUGUGUGUCUGAGUGUAUGUGUAGAUACAUAAUUUUUUUAGCAGAGGUGAAUAAAAAAAAAAUGCAUCCCACAUCUUCCCCAAGAUCUAGUCCCCCUCCCCCCACAAAAAGUUGGCAGAAGGUUUUUAUGCCUCCCAUGUAGCUGUGCUUGAGGAAUUGACUGUGUCUUGGUAAGGUCUGGGCUGUGGGCAUUGCUGGAUUCUUGGAAGCAGCUCAUGACUCGUCAUAGAGAUAGGAGCACCUUUAUUUUUUUAAUAGAGCUUGAUUCACCUUUGUCAUGGGCAGUGCUUCCAUUCACAGAAGUCCGGCCCAGCUCGCCUUGAGGAAGAGCCAGGACACUUAACACGGUUUUGCACAUCUCUUUGCCAUUAGACUGAGCCAGAAGUCCAGUUGCUGGCUGAGUAAGAAGUGUGUGAUGCCCACCCCCCGUGAAGUUGUGUAUAUGAGAGAUGAGUGUAUUUCUGUCAUAGAUGCCAUGGGAAAAAGUUUCAGGAAGGUGGAGAGCUUAAAGGCACUUCAGUUAAAAACUGACACAGACUUUCAUAGGAAUGUCUGUCACUUUCCCACCUGAAAACAGCCUGGGGCCUGACCUUUUUUGCCUCUGGGCCCCUGCCUCUGGAUCUAGGAAGCCUGAAUGUUAUUUUGGGGAACUCUGAAGAUUUUAAAUGCAGCAAGAGAGAGAGAAUCGGAAAUACUGGUCAGUGAAAUAAAAAGUUGAUUCAUUGUU